AUUGUGGGUAACCAAUACGCUAGGCCGCCAUAUUGUCUGAAACAGAGACUCCGUGCAGCACUAGCUGCUCAUUCAACCUAAAAUGUUCGGAAAUUACGACGUAUAGCAAUCGAAUUGCAGUGGAUAUUUGUGAAUCUAUAUAUUUCCUCUUUAAUCCGGCUCUGUGCAAUAUCUAGAAGGAUGGCAUCCUUUAAGAAAGGAUUGAGUAAAAAACUCAAGCCCGUCGCUCUGAACUGGAAACUGUUUCGAGCAAACGAACCUCUACUCAGUGUGUUCAUGUGGGGAAUUAAUCACACGGUAAAUGAGUUGAACCAUGUGAACCUCCGUGUGAUGCUCAUGCCCGAUGACUUCAAGGCCUUCAGCAAGAUCAGAGUUGACAACCACAUGUUUAACAAAGACAACAUGCCAAGUCACUUCAAAGUGAAAGAGUACUGCCCGAUUGUGUUCAAGAACUUGAGAGAGCGGUUUGGGAUUGAUGACUUUGAGUAUAUGAGUUCGCUGACCAAACAGCCCCACUACAUCGACUCACCGGGUAGAAGUGGCGCUCGGAUGUUAAUGUCCCAGGACAAGAAGUUCUUUAUAAAAACACUGGUCAGUGAGGAGGUGGAGCAGAUGCACCAUGUACUUAAACAGUAUCACCAGUAUAUUGUGGAGAAGCAUGCCCAGACCCUGUUACCGCAGUACCUGGGUAUGUACCGCCUGACGGUGAACGACGUCGAGACCUACAUGGUGGUCAUGAGGAACAUCUUCAGCCCCAGACUAGGAAUACACAAAAAGUAUGACUUGAAGGGUUCUACAGUUGACAGACAAGCAAGUGACAAAGAAAGGCAAAAGAGUCUGCCAACGUUAAAAGAUGUGGACUUUGUGAAUGAUGGCGUCACAAUUCAAGUUGGACAAGAAGCCAAGGAUAAACUCAUGCCGACAUUAACAAAAGGCGUUGAGUUCUUGGCAAGCUUGCACCUAAUGGACUACAGUCUCAUUGUGGGCAUCCGCGACCCUGAGAAAGGUGAUUCAGAUCAGACCGACUUGCCAGCCCCUGGCGAUGGGGAGGGGGGGCAGGAGGAGGAAGAGAAUGGGUUGGAGGAGGAGAUGACUGAUGGGUAUGGAGCCGUCCCACCCACGGACAGCCCCAACCUGCCACACCCACCCUUCACAGGAGAGCUGGACUCCAAGCUGGAGCAGUAUGCAAUUAAAGUAGUGAAAGUAAGUUUUAAUCAAGAAAUCUAUUUCAUGGCCCUCAUUGAUGUCCUGACAAAACACGGUAUGAAGAAGCGGACUGCACAGGCUGCCAAGACAGUCAAGCGCGGGGCAGGGGCAGAAAUAUCCGCGGUCAGGCCUGACCAGUAUGCCAAAGAUUUCUGGAAUUCAUCUCAAGAGUAUCGAGUAAGCACAAGCCUACAAGGUGCACAGUGCACAGCCUCGUCCCAGGGAAGAGUCCUUUUGACUGUAGUACUGCAGAUGAACUUACUGUGUAAAGGGUCCAACUGUCCUCUAGGUUGA